AUGGCCAGCUCCCCUCCCUCCCCAUUUCCCGCAAGCCUCCCGAACCCCAAAAAGCGAACCUCAAUGAGUUCACAAGCAUCGGCGCAGGGAUCAUCCAAGCGACCCAAGCUACAUCCUCUCAGACAAACCUCGUUUCCUGCUCAAGGUGGGAGUGGACGAUAUGGCUCUGCAGUCACGAGUGCGCGCUCCGAAACCGGUAGUGUCGCGAACAGUCUUUUGUCAGCAAAGAGCGGCAAAGUCCCCGGCCGCGGAAGAGGAAGGCCUCGAAAGUCACAACAACUCGAUGAAGAAGACACGCGCUCUGUGCGUCUGCCUCCCGCAGAUACGGCCAGUCAAGCUGAAAGCACUUCAAGAAAUGCCGGCCGCGGAACAAAAUCGGUGGUCAGCGCUCGCUCGGGCGCAGCUGAGCAGGAAGAGGAUGACGAGGGUGACAUUGACGGCAUGUUUGAGACCAUGGAUGAGCAGGAGAGACGGCAAGCCGAGGAAGAGGAAACACGGCAGGAGCAGCGCCGUGAACGACUGGCGGAUACGCUUGACCCGGACCAAUAUGCCCGAUACAAUCAAUGGCGUGCUCUUUCACUCAACGUCGCAACAGUGAGGCGGCUAGUCAAUUCGGUGGUGUCGCAGUCAGUCACAUCCGCUCCCCUGCAGGCGGUAAGGAUCUACGGCAAAUGGUUUGUGGGCGAGAUCGUGGAGAGAGCGCGCGAGGUGCAGAUCGAAUGGGCCAAAGCGUACGACGAGACAAGAAAGGAGGAGCGAGAACGGCGGCAGAAGGAGCUGGAGACUCUCGAGGAGAAGCAGAAGCAAGGCAACCACACCGAUCAACAGGGCCGUGCACUGGCGCGAGAGAUCGAGGGCCUGAAAAGAGAAGCCAAAGAGUACAUCCCAAAUCCGCAUAAGGGAGGGCUCUUGCCAGAUCAUCUUCGAGAGGCUUUGCGGAGAUACAAAGCUGAUGGUGAAGGUGGAGGUGUUGGAUUCGAAGGGUCGAGUCAUGGUCUCCUGGGAGUGCCGGGGCCGGUGGCCUGGAGAGUUGGUGAUGGUGCUUCUGGUAGACGACUCCUGAGAUGA